UAAAGCUCUUGUAAAUUUUUAAAAAUGGUUAAGAUACUUUAUUUAAAAAGUUUUGAAUUUACUUAAAAUUGCAGGAAUAAUGUCUAAGGAAUCUGAUGAGUAUCGGAAUGGACUCAUAAGAGGAGAGACACCCGAAGACAUCAAAGAGCGGUGUUUGCAGUUAUGCAGAGAUUAUUUGGCCCACAAUUGGAUACAACAAACCGUUGACUCAAUACAAGUCCGAAGAAUUACUGGAGGUUUGAGUAAUCAGUUAUACUAUUGCGGAGUCAAUGAGCCCUCACUUACAUCCACUGCACCCCAAGAGGUGGCCAUCAGAUUGUAUGGCAAUAAAUGGUUUAAUAAUUUGAAUAGUGAUGGGAAUGAGAGACUGAAGGACAGGAGUAGUGAACGCCUGAGUGAUGUCAUCACAUCUGUGAUGCUAUCGGAGACACAAUUGGGACCAAAAAUAUACGGACUCUUCGAAGACGGACAGAUCCUACACUACUAUCAGCACCGAAAUUUCAAUCUCGAGGAUCAAAACGAUCCAAAACUGGUUGAGGAACUGUUCCGAAAGAUCGCUCGAUUCCACGCCCUGGACGUCCCCCUCCCGAAGAAGCACUUUAUUUUCAAAGACAUUCAACUCUUUUAUAAGGAAGCGUUAAAUCGGUUCCCAAUUCAUGAAUUGGCAGAAGAGCUAAACUGCGAACGAAUCAAAAGCCAUGAUUUCGAGGCCGAGAUUCAAUGGCUAAAGGAUAUGACUUCAAGAACUAACAGUCCUCUUGUGUUUUCCCACAACGACAUGACCAGCGCUAAUGUAUUGGUUUUAGACAAAGAGGCCAAAUCUGGGAAUCAGUUAGUUAUCUGUGAUUAUGAAUACGGGAGUUAUGGCUACAGAGGACAGGACUUGGGGACCAUAAUCGGUGAAUGGGGUCGAGUCCACACGGAUUUGUUUUUCGAUCAAACCUUUGUUGACGACUCUGUGAUCAAACAAUUACUUCACUAUUAUAUCUCAGAAAAUGAGACAAUUUUCGGAAAAAGUUGUGUUCUGAGGGUACAAAAGGAGGACAAUCCUCCCCACGGAGGACAUUCUGGCCACCCUACUUGCGACAGCUCUGAUUGUGAACCCAUUGCCAGCACUAGUAGUUCGGUUGUUAAGAGUGUCCGCAAUGAGAGCCCAUUUGUGUGUUUUUGGCCCAAUUGUGGCAAACGAUUUGCUCGAAAAUAUAAUCCCAAAGAACACAAGAGUGUCAUCCAUUUGAAGCUAAAGAGAUUCCGAUGUGAUGUCGGGGGUUGUGGUCAAGGGUUUUAUCAAAAGUCUGAACUCAAUGGACACAAAUAUCAUCCAUUUGGGAGAUAA